AUGUCGGCCCACUACCUCUGUCUCACCCUCCUCUCAAUCCUCUUCAUCGUCCCUUCUUCUUCUUCUUCUCUCUGCCCCAUAGACUUCACCUACGUCCAAACCAUCCCGUGGGACACUACCAGCUGCAACCGCCAAAACGCCGCCGCCCCCUGCUGUCAAACCCUUCUCAGCCUCUUCGGCAUCGGCCUAGCCCAACGCCUCAAAGACACUUCCCUUUUCCACCUCCCCAAUUUCAAGUCCUCUUCUUCAUGUCUCACCUCUUUCCAAUCCAAGCUCUCUUCAAUCUCCCUCCCCUCUUCUCUCGUCCCCAAUUGCUUCCUAAACCCAUCUCAAUUCGCCGCCAAUUCCUCCAACUGUGCCGGAAUUUUAAGUACUCACGAUUGGGUUGCUAGAGUCGGCUCUACAACCCCAGUCGACACCGCGUGCGGUGGCGACUUGACUGGACUGACUCAUUGCGGCACCUGUGUCGACGCCGGCAUGAAACUCACCUCUCGCCUCAUGGGUCUAGACCCAAAUGGAACUAAAUGCUUUUAUUUCACUGUUCUUUAUGCUGCUGGAAUUGCCAACGAAUUCGGUCCUAAAGAUACCAGAGUGGCUUCUUGUAUUAUGGGGUUGUCAUUAAAGCCCUCAAAGAUGAACAGAGCAUCCCUUCUAAGCAGAAACGCUUUAAUGGCGGUGGGUUUCGGGUUUACAUUUCUCGUUGUAGUUGUGGUUUUGGUUUUGAGAUCAAAGAAGAAAUGGUUCAAAGAACAAGAACAAGAACAGAAACUCCGCCACUUUGGGGCGAAAUGGUUCAGUAUAACAGAGCUGGAAAAGGCCACAAAUGGGUUUUCUCAGAGGAAUCUAAUCGGCCAAGGCGCCGAUGGGUUCGUUUACAAAGGCAAGAUUUCAGACGGAAGUUUAGUGGCAGUGAAACAAAUCAUUGAUUUGGAUUCAGAAAGGGACGAAGAUUUCACAAACGAAGUCGAAAUCAUCAGCAAAAUCAAACACAGAAAUCUCCUAUCUCUUAGAGGCUGUUGCAUAGAAAACGACUCGAAAUUCAAAUCCCAGAAGAGAAAAUUCUUAGUCUAUGAUUUCAUGCCUAAUGGAAACCUCAGCGAUCAUCUCUUCAUCAAAAACAACAGCAAAAACCCAUUAACAUGGCCGCAGAGAAAAGGCAUAAUCAUCGAUAUAGCAAGAGGACUAAAUUACCUUCAUUAUGGAACCAAACCGGCGAUUUACCACCGCGACAUCAAACCCACGAACAUCCUUCUGGACUCAGAAUGGCGGGCUAGACUGGCGGAUUUCGGCUUGGCAAAGCAGAGUAAAGAAGGUCAGUCGCAUUUGACGACGAGGGUGGCCGGAACUCGUGGGUAUUUGGCGCCGGAGUAUGGUUUAUACGGGCAGCUGACUGAGAAGAGCGAUGUGUACAGCUUUGGGAUUGUGAUUUUGGAGAUGAUGAGUGGGAGGAAAGUGUUGGAGAGUUGGGAUUUGAUUACGGAUUGGGCUUGGAAGCUUGUGGGGAAUGUGGAAGCCAUUUUUGAGGAAUCGAUCCGUGGAGAAGGGGCAAAAGGGGUAAUGGAGAGAUUUGUUCAUGUGGGUUUGCUUUGUGCUCAUGUGAAUGUGGCCUUUAGACCCACCAUUGAUGAAGCUUUGAAGAUGUUGGAAGGUGAUAUUGAAAUUCCACAAUUACCAAAUCGCCCUUUACCUGUUUCUCAUCAUUCCAUGGUUUCUUUGCAAUUUGCCCCUUCUUCUCACCAUUUCAUUGUAUAGAUGGACAAUGAUUAUGAUGUAGAUUACGAGAACAAAUAGAAGCCAAACUCUUCAGAAA